UUUUAUGACAAGUGUACGACUGUUCUAUGCGUUUUUAAACCUCUGACGAGGAUCGAUCAUACAACUGCUGUAUGGAAAUCAGAAGGCAACAUGUCUUGCGGGGAAGUCGAAGAUUUGCAAGAAGGCUCCUCCGAUUCUAAAGAGUUUGUACGAGUGUCUAUGUGUUGCUGUCGUGCGUAACUUUUGUACUUCGAAGUUUGAGUCCGCUGCCGUGCUGGUCUACUCUGACUGUGGAUGUUAAUGAUUGAUGCGUACUAAUUGUGUCAUUUGUCUAUCUCUUUGUGGAACUAAAUGUGCUUUUUGCCCAUCAUUAUUUGCUUAGAUAGCAGAAACCUUCAUUCAUCUUAAAAGCGGUGACUAAGCUGGAUAUUAAUCCGAUGCUCAGUUAUGCAGUAAGCAGAAACGCUUAGCAAGCAAGAUGACGGAAAAUUCUGUAAAGAAUAUUGCUUCCAUGUUCAACCAGCCCAACCAGAGUGCUGGUAUGGCGCGCCCUGCUGUCGCUGCCAAACCGACAGUCGGUUCAAAACCGUCCGUCCUGGCCAAACCCCCCGGCAAACUUGACCUCAACAGCAGCAUCAAAAUCAUCGGUCCUAACGUCCGCUCGCCUCGGUUUGAGAAACCCUCCAAUGGUGCCGUCAAGUCGCCCAGUAAGGACUCCCUUAAAAGGGACUCGCCCAAGCCUGCAGCGGCACCAGCGAAAGCUCCCGUAGGGGGACCGGUGAUGCCGGGAACCAACAUGGCGGAGAUCCUGAACAUGAGGAAUAUGCUGAAGAAGGCGCCAGUCCCCGCCCCGUCGCCGACCACAUCCCAAUCCGAACCCAGAGUGGACUUCAAGAGGUCACUCAAGAAGUCACCUGUAGCGCCUCCCACUAGAACGACGCCAUCCCUCCACCAGAAAACAGCCCCGCCCUCCCAAGGAACCGAUGAGAUGGACACUUCUUCCAAAGAGAACAUCUCCACCUCCAAAUCGGAAGGCGACUGUUCCUCUUUAUCGUCCUUCACCAGUGAUUCAUCCAUCCCUCGGAGGGGCUCGGCAACAAGUCAGAAGACGACUGGCGACAACCAGAAACCAAUUCUUGAGAUCUUGCCUCCGUUAGAAACUAUAGGACCCGCUCCCAGGAAACCGGCUAAGCCUGUCAACGUGAAGCUACCCAAGUCAGCAGCAAUGCCUCCGUCAGCAAAUCCUGAGCCAAUCGACAGUGGGGCAGAUUCGGGAGAGAUUUAUGAUGACGUCGCUGUCGAGACAAAUAAAAGAUUCUCUCUCAUCCCGACCAUGGAUUCUGAUGAGGAAACAGGAGAUGAUAUAUAUGAUGACACGGAGGUGGUGCCAUCGGCGCCGUUACCCCCGCUACCAGCAUGCCUGAGCAUCCCAACCAUAGCCCAGACCAGUGGGCCCGAUGAUGGACCACAAGAAAUCUACGAUGAUGUCUCAUUAGAAGGGGAAAGCGAGGAGCUGUACGAAGCAUUGGACGUGAGCACAGAAGACGCACAACAAAAAAGGCAGCCGGAAAAGACUUGGCCUAAAGUCAAGACCAAAGGGCGUAGCACUUCGGUUGGCAGCACAUGUAAGAAAAACAGGCCAACGAGCAAGUGGUAUGUCUCACGUGACGCCGCUGCCACAGAUGUUAAAAGACCAUCAAUAGAGUCCAGCGACUCGGCUGACGUCGCGUCCAGGCCCACCACCACCCCAUCCUCACUGCUGUCUCCAAGAAAGACCAUGUCGACCAAGAAACAGGAGGAGAAGCAGCGCAAAGAGCAGGAGAGACUGGAAAAGGAGAGGCGGAAAAAGGAGGAAGAAAUGCGCAAGAAACGGGAGAAGGAAGAGAAGAAGAGGAAGGAGAAAGAAGAAAAGGAAAUGAAGAAGAAAUUCAAUAUCAAAGGAGAAAUCCAAGUCUUAGACUCGGGAACCGUCACACAGGACUGCGGCUCUGACUACGAGAGGACAGAUCUGAUCUGUAAGCGAGGCGACAGACUGGAGGUCUUAAGAAGAGACGGCAACCCACCAGGGAAGUGGCUAGCGAGGGAUUUGCAAGGAAGAUACGGCUUUGUCGAUGCAGAUUUUGUAGCCAUUGAGACUGACUUUCAAGAACCCUACGACGAUGUCAUUCCUUGCGAUGGUAGUGGCUCUGAGGAAGAAGAAGAACAAGAGAUCUACGAAGCCUUUGACUAAACCGACCAAUCACAGCCACUCUUUCAUACAACCGCCAGCCAAUCAGGCGAUCGAUCAACAGCAACUACUGAAUGCAAACCAUCCAAAGUGAAUGUAAUUGCAUUGAAUACAAAUUACGAGUGUGUUUAUAACAAGGAAUAUACACAUGUACAUGUACAUGUAGUUAAAAGGUGUAUUUAUUGACUUAGUAUAAUUAUAUAUGUUGGGUUUGUUUUUAUGACGCGAAGGAUAUGUGUAUGGGGGAACCAGACUAAAUCUGUAUUUUGAACCUAGACAGAGACUUAACAAUGGAGGUUUUUGAAACCCAGGUUUUGUUAGUGGUUUGGCUUCAACGUUGGCUUCAGAAUCUGCAAGUAGCCUUUAGACCUUCAAUCCCCACAGAUAUUAUUUGAGUUUAACCCACAUUGGUCACUCACAAUAAGGAGG